AUGGCUUCUUACGCCCCAGGCCAUGCGGCCUCGCAAACCAAACACCACGAAUGGCGCACCGCUGAAAACAGCGCCGCCCACCUGCUCCCGCACCUGGACACUCUGGCACGCACCAAACCAAACCUCAAGCUCCUCGACGUCGGCGCAGGCUCCGGCACCAUCUCCGCCGGCCUAGCCGCCCACAUCCCGCACGGCACCGUCCUCGCAACCGACAUCUCCGACGACAUCCUAACCCGCGCGGCCGCCCACGCCACCAGCCUCGGCAUCACCAACAUUUCCUUCCAGCGCGCAUCGCUGCCCAACCUACCUUUCCCCGACGGCACCUUCGACGUCGUCCAUGCCCACCAGGUCCUCACCCACCUGUCUGACCCGGCAGGCGCGGUGCGCGAGCUGGUGAGGAUGUGCGCGCCCGGUGGGGUGGUUGCGCUGCGCGAGGUGGACAUGCACAUGUGGUGUUUCUGGCCGGCGGUGGAUGCGCUGCAGAAGUUCCAGGGGUUGAUGGCGGACGUGUUGGUGGCGAAUGGAGGGCAGGAUGAGGCCGGACGGAGGUUGGUGUCGUAUGCGUUGGCCGCGGGCGUGGAGAGGAAACAGGUGGAGGCUGGAUUUGGGACGUGGUGUUAUAGUGCGCCGGAGGAUCGUAAGGCGUGGGGCGGAUCCAUGAUUGAAAGACUCAAGACGAGCCAGAUGAGGAGUAAAGGCAUCGAGUUAGGUAUUGUUACGGAAGAAGGCGUCGGGGAGAUGAUAAAGGCGUGGGAACAAUGGAUUGAGAAUGAUGAGGCAACCUUAGGGAUUAUGAACGGCGAGGUGAUUAUUAAGAAGUAG